AUGGCGUGUCUUCGCAAAUUGAAAGAAGACCUCGCACUUCUCGAACAAAUUUUCCCGAAGAAUCACGAGAGGUUACAGGUGCUUGUGGCGACGGUGGAUGAAAUCUCGAUCCGCUUCUGCGACAAUGGUGGUCGCAACUUUGUGAUUAAUGCCAAUAUUCAGGAGAACUACCCCCGUCAGCCGCCAAUCUGGUUCUGCGAGGAAGAGAAUCAAGUCGUGGCAACAGCACUGGAACAACUCACCGAGGAUGCCGAGUGCACCAACUUGCUCUUUCAAAUCCACCGCCUUUGCUCCGACUUGUGCCGCCACUUUGGAUUGACGAUUCCGAUCGAAUUGCAGAGGAUUGCACCACCAGAUGAAAUGGAGAAAGAUGAGGGACAAGGAAGCGACGAUAUGGAUGAAAGCGAUGAUCAUAUGGAGGAUGAUGGAGACGAGGAUGUGAGGAGGAUGAUCGUCGAGAUGGAUGAAGAGGCCCCAAGGAGUAGCCAUGAAGACCAUGGUAUGGUGCCCGAAGGAGCACUGGUACUCGAUCGGAUCUCGAAACAAAACCGGCAAAUGCAUUUGAGCGGGAAAAUCCACGGGUCCGUUACGGCCACGGAUCGUUUGAUGAAAGAAUUGAGGGAUAUCUACAAGAGUGAACACUACAAGAAUAAGAUCUACUCGGUCGAGUUACAAGACGAAAGCCUUUAUCAAUGGUAUGUCAAAUUGCACAAAGUCGAUCCAGACUCCAUGCUUCAUUCGGACAUGCAAAAUUUAGCUCAAGAGCAGAAACAGGAUCACUUACUCUUCGAAUUCAUCUUCAACGAGAAAUUCCCGUGCGAGCCGCCAUUUGUUCGAUUGGUUUCACCAACGGUGAGUAAUGGAUUUGUGCUUGGUGGCGGUGCAAUUUGCAUGGAACUGUUGACAAAGCAGGGUUGGACAUCGGCCUACUCGAUUGAGAGUCUCAUCUUACAAAUUGCUGCAACAUUGGUAAAGGGAAAAGCGAGGAUUCAGUUUGAUGUCAAGGGUGGUUACUCUCUUUCCAAGGCUCAGCAAUCGUUCAAAUCAUUGGUGCAAAUUCACGCAAAGAGCGGCUGGUACACUCCACCAAAAGAGGACGGU